AUUGGUCAGUCAAAUCUGGCAACAUUUCUUCGUUGGUUUGUGCCUCGCAAAUAAAGUCAAAGAAGAAGAAGCAACAUUAAUUGGCGCCAGCGGCAAUUUGGAACAUUUCUUUGGCCUGGGAACGGCAGAAGCAGCCACAGCUAUGACUAGACAAAGAAAAGAUCUGCAGAAAAGAUCUGAAAAUGCUCCAGGACAGAAAAGCAAAGUUACUAAGCAGAGCAGCAGAAAAAAGGUUCAGGCCCUGACAAGGCUGCAGUGUGAGAAGAAUCAGCUGGUACUUGAAGGUGUCACUGAGCCUCGUAUUCCUGCCAAGACCUCAAAGAAGGAAGUUAACAUAGACAUUGACGAGCACGACAAUCCUACUCUCACUUUGAGAGGUUCUUUGGUUCAUCCAUCCCCUCUGCCUCAUAUUGGAUGGGUCUUUUCUGAAGAUGUGUGGGUGAAGAUGCUCAACAAGGAGCACAAUUACAGACACAGCAAGAACUUUAUGCACUUGCAUCCCAGGAUACAACCCAGAAUGAGAUCGAUCCUCCUUGACUGGUUAAUGGAGGUGAGUGAGGCGUACACCCUUCACCGUCAGACCUUCUACCUGGCACAGGACUACUUCGACCGGUUCAUGUUGACCCAGAACAACACCGAAAAGAAUGUGCUGCAGCUCAUUGGGAUCACCUGUCUUUUUGUAGCAUCAAAGAUGGAAGAAGCCUGUCCUCCAAAGGUCUCAGAGAUGGCCUAUGUGACUGCAGGGACCUACUAUGAGCAUGAGAUCCUUCAAAUGGAGUUAAUCAUUUUGAAGGCAUUGAGUUGGAACCUUUGUCCUGAAACAGCCAUUUCUUGGCUGAAGCUUUACUUCCAGAUUUCAUCGAGUGCCAACUCUGACCUGCUGGAGCCACAGUUUCCACAGGACAUGUUUGUCCAAAUGACUCGUCUUUUAGAUCUCUGUAUCCUCAACAUAAACUCGCUGGACUUCCAGUAUCGAGUGUUGGCUGCUUCAGUCUUGUGCUAUUUCCUUCAACAGGAAACCGUUGAAAAAGUUUCAGGUCUGUCGAAAGACAUUAUCCAGCCGUGUGUCACCUGGAUGGCUCCCUUUGCUGAAUCGGUGGACAUGUUUGGCCUGGUGACAAUGAGAAGUUUUGUUCAAAUAAAUAAAGACGACAGAUACAACAUCCAGACACACACAGACUACAUGACCAUGCUGGAGCAUGUUGAACAAAAGCUGAACAGCCAGUUCCCCACUUCUCCCAACAGCACAGAGAAAACCUGCUCACAUUGAACAAGACUCGCAGCGAGUGAGAACAGAGGACGCUGGGAUAAUGUCCCACAAAAAAAAAAAGGCUCCUAUCAUAGUCAGCGGAGGAAAUUAAGGGUUAAUUUCACACCUGCUAAUGUGAAAUCUGU